AUGAAGGUGAAGAAGAAAAAGAUGAUGAUGAUGGAGAAGAAGAAUAGCAAGAAAAAAAGUAGAGAAGUAUCUCUGGUAGGGAGCGACAGCUCAACUUAUUACGCUUCAUUUUACGGUCCACUAGAUCAACCGUCGAAGGAUACACGAUACAAUAGGUCCUUCUACGAGGAACGUUUAUCGCCAAUUCGGCGAAACUACGACCACAGUUCCAGCAAAGCAGCAAAUAUUAACGCCUAUCUUGAUUCCAAGUCACCGUCAAUUGACCUCUCCAGUCUUGACGCCGUGCUUGACAGCACACUCUAUAGCGACAACGAUAUGUCCAGAUCCACCAAAGAGUGGCGGUCAUCGUUUUCGUCGGUCCGAAAUCGUUUCGGGCAUAUUCCGUCCGUCGAGGAACAGACACAAAUUAACCAUUUUACCAAUUUUACCACAGAUGGCUCAAUGUCAUUAUCACACCACAGCGGUUUAUCAAAAUCAGCCAGCCAGAGUAUGGUCAGCGAACAUAGUGAACAUACGGAAUAUGCGAAAUUAGAGAGAAGCUCAUCAUCGAUUCUGUCCAGUGCUAUUGAGCGACGAGCUUCUGAAGCUCCGGAAUUACACAGCAAACAUGAUAUUGGCAACUUCUGGACAGAAAUUAUCAAAAGUCAUGCAGGUACUUCAACGCAGAAUCGUUCAUCGCACCGUCUUAGUGCAGCUCAACGCUUAGAAAUGUUACAAGAAUCAACAGAUUUUCCAAAAAGUGGAAGAAGAUUUAGUGGAGAAAAUUUAGCAGCUCGACGGGCUCAAUUUCUUCGGGAAACAGAAAAAAGUAAUCAUUUCUUCAACAGUGAACGUGAACGUAAUCAGGAACGUGCACCAUCUGGUCGUUCAACUCCAAUGCCUGGCAACAUUUUGAAGAUAUCUACAAGCACGAUGAGCGUUUCAAAUCAACUUCAAAUGAAUGGUGAAGAUGGUGAACCAAACUUUUCUUCUUUGGACAACGCAGUUGCCGAAUUGUAUGUGAGUAGUACAACAGAAACAUCACAGUCAAAUAUCGGAGCCGGCGGUUGUGUCCGAUUUCCAACCGGCGAUCUUAGUGCUUUCAGUUGUUUAACAAAAAAAAUAUCGUCUACCAAAACAGUACGUAGUCCUAGUCCAGAUACAGCUAGUGAUGGCAGUUCCGGUUAUACUGCGCCUACUGGAUUACCACAUCCAAAACCAAAACAUAAUAUACGUAGCCAGUUAAUGCAAGCCGGAUUCGAGCUUCGUAGCACAACUUUCUCUAGUCGAACUACUCAACGGAUUAGCAGUUCACCAAACUUCCCAAUUCCAACAAACGGCAAUGUUGCAUCACGUAUUUCUGAAUUUGAACGUCGCCCGGGCCCACCAAAUCUUUUACAGAUUGCAUGCGCACUGAACGGUGUUCCAUACAAAAAUGAUCAAACUGGAGCUCGUUCACCGGUGGGACCUUUGUCACCGCAUUCUACCGUAUUUCGUACUAAACCAGUCAUUUAUGCCGAUCUUGCUGGGAUUUCGACAAAAGCACAUAGUGAAAAAAAUUUAUCGGAUAGUGCGCGUGUAUUUCAGUUUCCACCGAACCAGCAAGUUCCUCGUCAGGGAAAAAGUGUACUAUAUGAGUGA